AUGGUGUCGGCACAAGCAAGCCCUACUGUGGAAAUCCAGAGGUCACCUUUGAAAGAAGGGAAGAGUCGGACUAAGGAUCCUGGGCUUCGUGUUGUUGGUGGCAGAAUUUAUGAUUCUGUCAAUGGGAAGACCUGCCAUCAGUGCCGUCAGAAGACAAUGGAUGUAAUGGCUCGGUGUAGGUUCAUGAAAGAAAGCAGCAAACCAUGUGUUGUUACUUAUUGUCAUAAGUGCUUGUUGAACAGGUACGGAGAGGUGGCUGAAAAUGUUCCACAGAUGGACAACUGGCAUUGUCCCAAGUGUAGGGGUAUUUGUAAUUGCAGCUUCUGCAUGAAGAAGAAAGGUCACAAACCCACUGGUAUUCUGACGCAUACAGCAAAACAAAAUGGGUUUGCAUCUGUUUCUGAACUUCUACAGGUGAAAGGGCCUGAAAACUUUGUGUAUAAUAGGGUGAAAGACAAGGAUGCUUCCCCGAUGAAAACUGCUUUUAAAGUGGAGCCUGAAGUUGGUUCGCCAAGGAAGCCAGGGAAAGAGAAUUCUUUGGAUGGAAUAAGUGAUUUGCCCUUGCAUUCGCAGAAUGAAAUCCCUAGUCCCAAGAUAAUCGAAUUCAAGAAAACAAAAAGGGAAAAGCUGAAAGAAGUUAGCAAUGGCCAUGGUGAAGAUGCAGCUUCAAUGGUUAAGAUGAAGAAGCCUAGGAUAACUGAACAAAUGUCCAAAAAUGACGAUGCUGUUGUUCCAAAAGUCCAUGAUGAUGAUAUAUCAGCUAUGGAUGUUAUUGGGAACGAUAACCUUGAAACCAUAAUGAAUCCUUCUUCAAAGUCCUGCUGGAAGCAGAUAAAUGAAGUGCUGCAUAAUGAGAUUCCAUUGCCUGGAGGCUCAAUUUUAACCAAUGUGGCAGGGGUUGACUUGGCCCCUGAAGAUGCUGGACAAGUCUUACAAUUCCUGGAAUUUUGCAAUGCUUUUGGCCAGGCUUUUGAUCUUAAGAAAGGGCAUGCUGAAGCAGCCAUUAGGGAAAUGGUAAAGGGCCGAAGAGGAUGCCGGACACAAUCCUCUUUUGUAAUCCAGAUCCAUAUCCAGCUGCUGGCUCUGAUACAAGAAGAUAUAGAUGAAAGGUGUCCAACCCUAAGUCCAACAGAUGGCCAGAAUUCAUGGCUGCUAUCUCUUGGAGAUUUUGUCUCCAAAUAUCCUUUCAUGUCAAAGGAUUUCCCUCCUGAUCGUUUCAACAAAGGGAAUGCCAUAUACGAGGAGUUGAGCAUCUCUGGAAAGCUCAAACUCCUUAAUUUUCUGUGUGAUGAAACUCUCAACACCAUGGAAUUAAGAGACAUCAUUGAUGAGCAAAUUUUGGAAUUAGACGAAAGUAGGAAGGAAGCCAAGGCAAAAAUUCUUGCUGCAAAGGAAAAGGAAAAGGAAGUGAAAAAGAAGAAGCAGGAUGAGAUUGCGAAAGCUGUACUUGCAAAAAAUGGGGCUCCUUUGUCUAUUUCUGAGCAUGAAGCAUUAAUGUCUCAGAUAAAAGAGCAAACUUCUCAAGCUCAUGCAGAAAUGGAGGAGGCUAAGGCCAUGGUGUCUAAGGAAUCACAAAGAUCUGAAGCUGUUAGAAGUGUUCCCAUGCUUUUGGAUAUCAAGGGUCGUGCAUUUUGGAGACUAAAAAGCUACAAUAAUAGCAAAUACAUCUUACUCCAAGAUAUGGGUGAUUGGGACUCUGAUUCUCCCAGCGAGAAGUGGUUUACCUUUGAUGAAGCACAGAUACCAGAAGUUGAGAGAUACAUAUCUGUGACUAGGUCUAGGAGGAAUGUUAAGGUCAGAAAAGGUUAUGAACCAGUACCAGAUAUGUCAACAUGGAGGAAAGCUCAUAGCUUCCUUCAAGUAAAGACAUAG